GCGAGCAGACAACACAACACCACGCAUCACAACGCAUCACCACGCAUCACCACGCAUCGCAUCACACCGCAACACAACACACAAGAUCCCGUCCCCCAACCGCAGGACAUACAACGAGCCCACAACACCCGCGACAAAAUGAAGCCCGRCUCGAGCAAUCCCUCCGCGGCCCAUCCGCCGCCCCUCGGGASACCCAGGGAGGACCCGAUCCCCCCCCUCUCGUGGAAGGACGCCGGGACCCUCCUGGUCCCCCGCAUCGCCGGCCUGGCGCUGAAGACCGCGCUGGGGGUCACGGUCACCCUGUACGUCCUGAACCAGAGCAAGGUGCUCCCCCGGCCCCUGGCCUCGAUCGUGAGCAAGGUCCUSUUCUAUCCGACCCUGCCCAUCACGGCCUCGAAGCGGAUCGGCAGGUGGGUGACCCGAAUCGACGAGACGCUCGUCCUGGGAGGGGCCCCGCUCCCCCUGCUGGGCUACCCCAGGAAGCUCCGGGAGGACUAUGGCGUGGAGGGGGUCAUCAACAUGUGCGAGGAGUGGAGGGGGCCCCUCGGGGAGUACGAGAAGCUCGGCAUCGAGGAACUCUACCUGCCCACGACGGACCACUUCGAGCCGUCGCAGGAGGACCUGAUCGCCGCCCUCUCCUUCCUGGAGCGGUACCGGGCCAGGGGGAAGUCCGUCUACGUGCACUGCCGGGCCGGCCACGGGCGGUCCGGUGCGGUGGCCUACGCCUGGCUCCUGGCCCGGGGCUGCCCGGGGUCCCUGGCCGACCCGAAGGGGGUCAACGAGAAGCUGCGGGGGCUCCGGGACGUCCGGGGGGGCCUCUGGAAGCAGCCCAACCUGUCGGCCCUCCGCGACCGGCUGGAGCGGACCAAGGGAAGGCUCGUGGACCCGAGCGACGAGUUCCUGGGGGGGAAGAGGGAAAGCGGCAAGAAGACGAACUGAGCACCACGCAACGAUCCGGCGGCGCGGGGUACGACGAAACAAAAGGAAAGGAAAGGAAAGGAAAGGAAACAAAACACAACGAGACGC